UUUCUGCUGGGGUCAGGAGGACUGUGAACAGACAAGCGGACCCUGCCCCAAACCCCCGUGUAUGAGUGGAGUGUAGCGGCACGGAGAAGACAUCCCCAACUGUUUUUCCUCUCGCCUCAAAGAGUCUACAUGUCUAGUGGCAUCUAGACAUGUUCAGCUUUGUGGAUAUGCGGCUGGCGCUGCUGCUCAGCGCCACGGUGCUUCUGGUCAGAGCGCAGGGCGAGGACGACCGCACAGGUGGAAGCUGCACUCUGGACGGGCAAGUGUUUGCCGACAGGGAUGUAUGGAAACCAGAGCCAUGUCAGAUCUGCGUGUGCGACAGCGGCACUGUGAUGUGCGAUGAGGUCAUCUGCGAGGACACGACCGACUGCCCCAACCCCAUCAUCCCCCACGAUGAGUGCUGCCCCGUCUGCCCCGACGAUGGUUUCCAGGAUGCUCAGGUUGAGGGACCCACAGGAACUCGUGGACCCAAGGGAGACAGGGGCCCUGCUGGUCCCCCUGGCAACGAUGGUCGCCCUGGCAUUCCCGGUCAGCCCGGACCUCCCGGCCCCCCUGGAGCCCCCGGCCUCGGUGGAAACUUCUCCCCUCAGAUGUCCGGUGGCUACGAUGACAAGUCCCCUGCCAUCUCCGUGCCCGGACCUAUGGGCCCUAUGGGACCCCGUGGACCUCCUGGACCUGCUGGUUCUAGCGGACCUCAGGGAUUCCCUGGACCCCCUGGUGAGCCUGGUGAGGCAGGAUCUGCUGGUGCAAUGGGACCCCGCGGCCCUGCUGGACCCUCUGGAAAGAACGGAGAGGAUGGCGAGUCUGGCAAACCAGGUCGUGCUGGUGAGCGUGGACCUCCCGGCCCUCAGGGCGCUCGUGGAUUCCCCGGAACCCCUGGACUGCCUGGCAUCAAGGGACACAGAGGCUUCAGUGGUCUUGAUGGAGCCAAGGGAGACAAUGGGCCUGCUGGACCCAAGGGAGAGGCUGGAGCCCCUGGUGAGAACGGAACCCCUGGUGCUAUGGGACCUCGUGGUCUCCCUGGCGAGAGAGGCCGCACUGGACCUUCUGGUGCUGCUGGAGCUCGUGGUAACGAUGGUGCCGCCGGAGCUGCUGGACCUCCCGGUCCUACUGGCCCCGCUGGACCUCCUGGCUUCCCUGGUGGCCCUGGAUCCAAGGGUGACGCCGGAGCUCAAGGUGCUCGUGGACCUGAGGGCCCCGCUGGAGCCCGUGGUGAGCCUGGUAACCCCGGACCCGCUGGUGCUGCUGGACCCUCUGGAAACUCUGGAACUGAUGGAGCCCCCGGACCUAAGGGAGCCCCUGGUGCUGCCGGAGUUGCUGGUGCUCCUGGAUUCCCCGGACCUCGUGGACCCCCAGGACCUCAGGGUGCCGUCGGUGCCCCAGGUGCCAAGGGUAACAAUGGUGAUGUUGGUGCCCCAGGAGCCAAGGGAGAGUCCGGUGCCAAGGGAGAGGCUGGAGCCGCUGGACCUAUGGGACCCCCAGGACCAGCUGGUGAAGAGGGCAAGAGAGGAGCCAGAGGAGAGCCUGGCGCUGCUGGAGGCCGUGGAGCCCCUGGAGAGCGUGGCGGCCCUGGUGGUCGUGGUUUCCCUGGUUCUGAUGGCCCUGCUGGACCCAAAGGAGCCACUGGUGAGCGCGGCGCCCCCGGUCUGAUGGGACCUAAGGGUUCAACUGGUGAGGCUGGUCGCACUGGUGAGCCUGGCUUGCCCGGGGCUAAGGGAAUGACUGGCAGCCCUGGCAGCCCUGGACCUGAUGGCAAGAUUGGACCCGCUGGUGCCCCUGGACAAGAUGGCCGCCCCGGACCUCCUGGUGCUGUUGGAGCCAGAGGCCAGCCUGGAGUCAUGGGAUUCCCCGGACCUAAAGGAGCUGCUGGUGAUGCUGGAAAGCCUGGAGAAAGGGGAGUGAUGGGACCUACUGGCCCUGUUGGAGCUCCUGGCAAGGACGGUGAAGUUGGCGCUCAGGGACCUGCUGGACCUGCUGGCCCUGCUGGAGAGAGAGGCGAGCAGGGAGCUGCUGGACCUCCUGGAUUCCAGGGACUGCCCGGACCCCAGGGUGCUGUUGGUGAGAGUGGCAAGCCUGGAGAGCAGGGUGUCCCCGGAGAGGCCGGAGCCCCAGGACCUGCUGGAGCCAGGGGAGACAGAGGAUAUGCUGGUGAACGCGGUGUUGCUGGUCCAGUUGGCCCCCUUGGUGCCCGUGGAGCCCCUGGAUCUCCUGGAAACGAUGGUGCUAAGGGAGAUGCUGGAGCCCCUGGUGCUCCUGGUGCUCAAGGUCCUCCUGGACUUCAGGGAAUGCCCGGUGAGCGUGGUGCCGCUGGUCUUCCAGGACUGAAGGGAGAUAGAGGUGACCAAGGAGCCAAGGGUGGUGAUGGUGCUCCUGGCAAAGACGGCCUGCGUGGUAUGGCUGGACCUAUUGGACUUCCUGGACCUGCUGGUGCCCAAGGUGACAAGGGAGAGCCUGGACCUGGUGGAGCUGUCGGACCCGCUGGCGCCCGUGGACCCCCUGGUGAGCGUGGAGAGUCUGGCCCACCCGGACCUGCUGGAUUUGCUGGACCCCCUGGUGGUGAUGGACAACCCGGUGCUAAAGGAGAGACUGGUGACAAUGGUGCUAAGGGAGAUGCCGGACCACCUGGACCAGCUGGACCUACUGGUGCCCCUGGACCUCAGGGUCCCAUUGGAAACACUGGCCCCAAGGGAGCUCGCGGUAACGCUGGACCUCCUGGUGCUACUGGCUUCCCCGGUGCUGCUGGUCGAGUUGGACCCCCUGGCCCAUCUGGCAAUGCUGGACCUGCCGGACCUGCUGGCCCCGCUGGCAAGGAGGGACCCAAAGGAAAUCGUGGUGAGACUGGCCCAGCUGGUCGUCCCGGUGAGAUUGGUGCUGCUGGACCCCCAGGACCUGCUGGAGAGAAGGGUAGCCCCGGUGCCGAGGGUGCUGCUGGUAGCGGUGGUCUGCCCGGACCCCAGGGUAUUGCUGGACAGCGUGGUAUUGUCGGUCUGCCUGGACAGAGAGGAGAGAGGGGAUUCCCCGGCCUGCCCGGACCUUCUGGAGAGGUUGGAAAGCCCGGAUCUAGCGGACCCGGCGGUGAGCGUGGACCCCCUGGACCCAUGGGACCCCCUGGACUGGCUGGACCCUCAGGCGAGCCUGGACGUGAGGGAUCCCCCGGAAAUGAGGGAUCUGCCGGACGUGAUGGACCUGCAGGACCCAAGGGAGACCGUGGCGAGAGUGGACCAAGUGGAGCACCUGGUGCCCCUGGACCAUCGGGUGCCCCCGGACCUGUUGGACCCGCUGGAAAGACUGGUGACCGUGGAGAGACUGGACCUGCUGGCCCUGCUGGCCCUGCUGGUCCUGCUGGACCUCGUGGACCCGGUGGAGCUCCUGGUCUCCGUGGAGACAAGGGAGAGACCGGAGAGGCUGGUGAGAGAGGCAUGAAGGGACACAGAGGAUUCACCGGCAUGCAGGGACCUCCCGGACCUGCUGGACCUUCUGGUGAGCAAGGACCUUCUGGUGCUGCUGGACCUGCUGGACCUAGAGGACCUUCUGGAACUGCUGGUUCUCCUGGUAAAGAUGGUAUGAGUGGUCCUCCUGGACCAACUGGACCUCCCGGACCUCGUGGUCGCGGUGGCGAGAUGGGCCCUGCUGGUCCUCCUGGACCCCCUGGACCUCCCGGUGCACCAGGUGCCUCCGGUGGCGGAUUCGACCUCGGCUUCAUCUCCCAGCCCCAGGAGAAGGCCCCAGAUCCCUUCCGCAUGUACCGUGCUGACGAUGCCAACGUUCUCCGUGACCGCGACCUGGAGGUUGACAGCACCCUGAAGAGCCUGAGCCAGCAGAUCGAGCAGAUCCGCAGCCCAGACGGUACUCGCAAGAACCCCGCCAGAACCUGCAGGGACCUCAAGAUGUGCCACCCAGACUGGAAGAGCGGAGAGUACUGGAUUGACCCCGACCAGGGCUGCACUCAGGACGCCAUCAAGGUCUACUGUAACAUGGAGACCGGAGAGACCUGCGUGUCCCCCACUCAGCGCGAGGUGCCCAAGAAGACCUGGUACCUGAGCAAGAACAUCAAGGAGAAGAAGCACGUCUGGUUCGGAGAGGCCAUGCCCGAAGGCUUCCAGUUUGAGUACGGCAGCGAGGGAUCUCAGCCCGAGGACGUCAACAUCCAGAUGACUUUCCUGCGUCUCAUGUCCUCUGAGGCUUCCCAGAACAUCACAUACCACUGCAAGAACAGCAUUGCCUACAUGGAUGCCGCCACCGGCAACCUGAAGAAGUCCCUGCUCCUGGGUGGAUCCAACGAGAUCGAGAUCAGAGCUGAGGGCAACAGCCGCUUUACCUACAGCGUUCUUGAGGACGGUUGCACGUCUUACACCGGCACAUGGGGCAAGACAGUCAUCGAAUACAAGACAUCGAAAACAUCUCGCCUGCCCAUCAUUGAUAUCGCUCCUAUGGAUGUUGGUGCUCCAGACCAAGAAUUUGGCGUUGAAAUCGGACCCGUCUGUUUCUUGUAAAAAGAGAAAUCUGGACUUGAAAUUGUUGUGGUGCGUGUGUGUGUAUGUUUAUUUUUUUCUAGCAGUCAUCUCUCCUCUUAAACCAAAGAAAAGCCACCAGCCCAUCUCGAAAACCCUGCCCCCUCAUCUUGACGGUGCUCCAAACAAACCCUACACUCCCACCACAUGGCGGCGUUGCGACGCCAGCACGCUCGCGUUUUGGGACCACUACUUUUUUUUCUACCAACACCACAGAAGACAUUUUGUUUCACUGGCAACAAGAAAAUAAUAUAUGCUUCUGUAAAGUGUCAAAAUUUGACCCCCCCACCCGGCCCCCCUGGAGUUUACAGAUACACGCUUUUGUGGAAACGUUCCUGCAGCGAGAGGAAUGAACGGACAAUCCCAACAGAGCAAUUUCUUUGUACCAGGUGUUGAUGAAUAAACGGUGAAACUGAUGCUUGUCUGUGUUGUUAUGGCGACCUUCUGAACCAGACUUGUUGUAUUGUCCCAUUAAAACAUCAGCAAUAGCAGCAGUGAAACGUCGAUUUAUUCUUAGAAAGAAUCCGACGACUACCUCAAGGAAUAUCGGCGACAAUCCGACAAAAGUUGUAUCUGUGGCGGUCAGUGAGCUAGUGAGGGGUUUUCUUUUGACACGGAGCAGAACUUAACCAACAAAGUCAUGGUGCUAAUCCUUCUACAAAGGCGGGCCGCUCACGCCGCGAGGUGUGUGGGGUCCGACUUGGUGCUAACAUGCUCGAGGGGUCUUGAUGUCCAGACUGAGACAGAUGUCCUUCCCUCUCUCUUCAUCUGUUGUUUUUUUUCUUCUUUCUGAAUUUUUCAAUUUGGACCUAAAUCACAUGACUCCUUUUGGGGAACCACCACAAAGUUCUGUACCUAUUUUGUAUAUGUAUAAUAAUUUGAGAUGUUUUUAAUUAUUUGAAUGCUGAAAUAAAGCAU